GCCUUUAUAAAUAACCGGCGAGUGAGAAACUUUAGCAAGUCACAGCCGCGCACGGGACCCGAAGGGACCAGAUGGUCCGGAGCAGCCACAGCCACAGCCACAGCCACGGUAGCAGCGGCCAAAGCAGUUACAGCAGCCGCGGCAGCAGUGCUGAGCGCCGCAGAAGCCCACCCCAGCACCGUGUUCCGGACCCCGGCAGCAGUGACAGCAGAGCCUCUGGGGAUCCCAGAACGCCUGGCUCAGCUUAAGCCUGAAAGCAGCCUCCGUCUCUGUGCCGGAGGAUUGCAGCGGCCGGGGCGGAGGGGGGCCGCGAAAAUCAUCAAGCCAAGCCCCCUGCCCCAGUCUGCUCCCUUCUCCCUCCCCCCCUUUCUCCCUCCCCCUUCCCCUUCCUCUCUCCCCCUUUGCUUUCAUGCAACGCCUGGUGUCCUGGGACCCAACAUGCCUCCCUUUGCAGCCUCCGGCCUUUAAAUCCAUGGAAGUGGCGAACUUCUACUACGAGGCGGACUGUUUAGCUCCUUUCAAGCUGCACCCGCCCCGGCCCGGGGGCCGUUCUAUGAGCGAGCUCAGCAUCGGCGACCACGAAAGAGCCAUAGACUUCAGCCCCUACCUGGACCCGCUGGGCGCCCAGCAGCCUCAGCAGCCGCCGCCGCCGCCUCCCCCAGCAGCGGGGGGGAACUUCGAGCCGGCUCCUCCCGCCUCCUCCGCCGCCUCCGCCUCCUCCGCUCCCGCCUCCUCCGGCCACCCCCACGCGCACCCUCCUCAUCCCCCCCACCACCACGAUUUCCUUUCUGACCUCUUCGCGGACGACUACGCUAAAGGCAGCGGAUCCGUCUGCAAGAAGCCGCCGGGCCCAGACUACAGCUACCUGAGCUUGGGCCGGCUCGCUCAGCAGGGCGCGGGCAAAGGCGGUUUGCACCCUCCGGGCUGUUUUACGCCCCUUCAGCCGCCGCCGCCACUGCCGCCGCCGGGGGCAGGCGAGCUCAAGGCCGAACCCGGUUUCGAACCGGUGGCGGACUCGGUACCUUGCAAAAGAAAAGAGGACUCGGCGACGGGGCCGGGCGGGGGCAUGUCCUCCGGCUCGCCCUAUGCCAUGCGCUCCUACCUGGGCUACCAGUCAGUGCCGAGCGGCAGUAGCGGCAACCUGUCCACGUCGUCUUCCUCUAGUCCCCCCGGCACCCCGAACCCAACGGAGGGCAAAGCCGGAGGCUGCUACCCGGGCGGCCCGACCCCGCUGCCAGCCAAGAGCAAGGCCAAGAAGAGCGUGGACAAGCACAGCGACGAGUACAAGAUCCGCCGGGAGCGCAACAACAUCGCCGUGCGUAAGAGCCGCGACAAAGCCAAGAUGCGCAACUUAGAAACGCAGCACAAAGUGCUGGAGCUGACCGCGGAGAACGAGCGACUGCAAAAGAAGGUGGAACAGUUGUCCCGAGAGCUGAGCACACUUAGGAACUUGUUCAAACAGCUGCCCGAGCCCUUGUUGGCCUCCUCUGGACACUGUUAGCCCGGCGGCCCUCUGGGGGCCCCAGCCACUGCCGCCGUGGGGAGGCCUCUAGCCCAUACGGCCCGCUCCCCUCUAGGACACUUGGCCGGGGGGAACUUGGGGUUGAUCGUAUCUGGCAGCCACUGACCACCUCAUCUGGAGACUGCUAGCCUCAGGGCUGUUUGCUUCAGCUCCCGGGUGGGCCAGACCUUUCAGCAAAGAGAAAGGGCAGAAGAGAAAGGGCAGAGACUCGAAGAUUUGUUGGGUGUUUGUGUGGGGAGAGGAGAAUGGUAGGUUGUUUUCGAGACGGGUUGCCAGGGGUUGUUUUAGAUUCUUGUUUGAGUGAGGGCCCGGCGGGGGUGGCACCACCGACCUCCGCUGUAGCCCAAUCCUCCCUACCCCUCCCUCCGCCUUGACUCUCCGGCACCCAAACAACCCCUUGUCAGAGCCUUCACUUAUUCCUUUUCCCGUCAACUCCCGGGACGUUUGCAAAACUUCUGCACCUUGUCUGGUUGACGAAUUGGCUUUCUUGUUGGUAAUUUUAUUAUUUUAUAUAUAUAUAUAUAUUUUUUUUCCCACCAACCAAAUGUUCAGAUCGGGGAUCUCUGCGAAUUUAUGGCAUAGUGUUAUUUAAAAAACCAGAAAUUAUGUAUAUGUAUAUAUAUACAUAUACAACAUAUGUAUAUAUAUACACAGAUAUAGUCGAGCGAAGAAGGGGGGCGGCGGGCAGGCAAACAGAAAGCGAGUGAUGCAAUCUUUAAACAUGGCUGGGAACGACUGUGUACACAACUGAUGUAACCACGUGUAACUGUCAGUCAUGGAUUGAGUAAUCUGUUAAAGAUGUUCCUACGUUUUUUUAUUAUAAAGAAUAAUCUAUUUCUAUAAGGAAAGAGGCAUCUGUAUAUUUUGGGAUCUCUGCGUUUGAAGCAUUAAUAAUGAACAAUUUUAAUAAACUUUUGCGUCUAGUAAAAGA